UGCAGGCGGAGUUCGAUUUGAAAUGUCAAAGAGAAGUUUUAGCCAGGUCGGCUGCACGAACCUGGUGAGCCUUGUCGAGCAGUUUCUUGUUCCAGCCCUGCUUGUAAUGGUGGUGAGAUGUCUGUCAAGCACCUAGACCUCGAACUGGAGAUUGUUUAGUCAUUAUGGAGAUCUGAACGUGAGGAUGCCUCGCUCGAACUACCGUCCAUCACCCAACGAACAGGCAGCAAAAGCCAAGAAAGAUUUUGAGGAGCGGAGGAAAGCACGCCUCCUACAGGUCCGGAAACAGGAGUCUGCGAUUGCGGCUGACGUCCGUGAUCAGUUCCGCCGACGUCUCUCCAGUGAACAUGAGCAGCUGGCUGCACAGCUGCAGGCCGAGUGGAAUGACUAUCAGGAUGUGCAGAAUCGGGUACUGAAAGAGCGCCAGGAACAGGCAGCGAAGCACUUUGGUGACGCUCACACGAAAGCAGCCGAGCAGUCGGAUGUCCCUUUUCUUAGAACUGAAGAGGGCAUUGAGGAAGCUAAGCAGAAAGCACAGCGUCGGCAUGAUGUGGCACUGCAGCGACGGGCCAUGGAGGAGAAAUGGCUGCAAGCAGCACGAUCACGCAAUCUUGAAAAACGACAAAGUACUAUUGCUGCUGAGAAAGAGCGCUCCAGAAGGGUUGCAUCCAAGCCUUUGAAAGCAGACACCCAACUAUCAGACCUCCUGUCAGCUUCAAGUAGUGUAGUUGUUGGUAGUGUUUGCUCAACAAAGGCACCGCAUGGUCCGACAUACCAUCAUCUCACCGCCCAUGCAGUGCAAGCCCAGGGUGAUGCGCGCAAUGCAAUGCUUGAUGCAGAGAAUGUAGAGAAUGAGCAGGAGGUGGCACAGCAGCUGAAAGACCGUUCACGACAUGAGCGUGUUGAGGUUGCACGUGUGCGGCAUGAACAUGCUCUGCAGCACGUCCGCCUAAAACGAAACUAUGAAGAACAGCUGGAAGAGCUGGAAACUAUGAGGAAAGUUGAUAGUCUGCAGCGACGGAAGCAAGUGGAGCAUGUUCCUAAACAUCUCUUUGUUACACCGCUAAUGAGACUGGAGCAGCAGCAAGCAGAAGAAGAGGAGCUUCAACGAAGAGUGGAGGCGAUGUGUCUCAAUCGGAUUCCGUCCACCACUACUACUGGUGUUGCCAAUAGCAUCACAACAGCUGUACCUCAGACGUAUCAUUCUACUAGCACUGCGUCUGCUGAUAGUGUCACCACAACAUUGACAGAUUCGGUGACUCCCGAGCUGUCCUGCUCAACACUAUCAUCGUCUGCCAUUAGCGAAUCUGACGUGACGGGCAUGCAGCCUCCGGAUGGAGCUGCGUCAGCACAUCGUCAGCAUGCUGGAGCACCAGUGUCAAGUGCUUCUUCUCAGUCUCAGCCGCUUAGCCGUUUGUUAGAACACGUCCGGUCGCAGCAACAAGGCCGCCGAGCGCAGUUGGGCUCUGAGCAGGUCGAGUCACCCCCUGCACACACUUCUGCUCGCAGUGCGCCAGCCGCAGUGCGGGGGCUUGGUGCUCUACCAGUAACGUCAUCCAUUGCUGACGAGCAUCCAGUACCUUCCACUCGCAACAUUGUACCAACAAGAAGUAAGCCUACGAAUUUCUCACAGCCCGUGACGUCACACAGCGCGCUCAGUACAGCUUCUGCUGCUGCUGCUGCUGGCACAGCGGUUACUGCUUCUCAUGUGCAGCACACUGCUGUUAGUGACGAUGACUACUCAUCCAGUACGUUAUCAACUUCGUCAUCUCUUUCUCACUCAACUCUAUCACAGCAUGCUGGCUUAUCCACAGCACCACCAGAAGAGACUAUAGCACAGCCCAAUCCACGGUAUAUCAGUUCUGCUGGUAUGUUACAUAGCCAGGCGCAGUCUCUCCAACACCAGCCACCAGCUUUCGUGCCGAGCACUGCUUUUCCAGAUAAUCCAACACCUUCGAUUUGCUCCAGCUGUGCGCGUGAUGGCUUGUCUGCAGCUUCUAUCAGCUCUGGAGCAGUUGCGCCAUCCCCUAUACCUGCUGAUGGUGCUCUCCAAUCUGCUAUGGCUGGCCAAGCACCAGCAGUUCCAGCUGCCGGAGGUGGGCAACCUACAUAUGUACUGGUGACCACACCUUCAGUGCUGACCCUGCAUCGGCUACCUGCGAUGGACAGCUCUGCUUCGCUCGCCUCACUGUCGGGUGGUGUUGGGCUUCCCGUGGGCCAUCCGCCUACACAACCGGUAGCCUUGGGACAUCAUAGCUUGCCGCCUAACCCUACUGCUGCCGUGACGGUGACAGCAUCUGAUUAUGCGGAUCCUGGUCAGUCUACUUGUGUCAGCGCAGCAACACAGUCAACUGCAAUGACUGUUCCUAAUGUCAAUUCUGCGUUUCAGUCACCUUCUCCGCCACCUCAACUGCUACCAGGCUGGGAGGAGACCCAGGCACAGCUAGCCAUGUAUCGGCAGAGUCAGCAAGAGCUACUGGAGCAGUUCCGUGUCAACAUGGCCCAGCUACAGCAACAGCAGAUGUCCCUGUCGUUGAUGAUGAACAGCUCCAGUCAGCAAGCAUCACCAUGCUCGCAGCUCUCAUCUUCUCGCUCCUCCAACGAAUCACCGCAGCUACUGCCGCCAUCAUCUCACAUGCCGUUGACGUCCAGGCAGCGUGCAAGUGCUUCACCUAUGAUCAGUCCAUCAUUUUUGCAUUCGCCUCAGUCUCACCUAUCAGAUACUUCACAACAAUCUGAUACCAGUCCUGAUAUCCUGAGAAAUCGACAAGUGUGUUCCGUUUCGGAUGUAGCGACCGAGACUGACUUGUCAAUUCAAUCUACUGCCAGUACCUUCCCAGCUUCUAGCUCGCAUACAUCGCGAAGCACCUCAAGCCACUCGUCAUCCGGUCCUCCGAGCUCAGCUCAACCGCUGUCUGUUACUGCCUCAGCACUGUAUGUGGAUAGUGUUCGUCUGCUUCAGGAGUUGAGCUUCACACCAGCCACAGCCACCACCACCUCGACAGUAUCCAGUGAGAGCACCAACGACGACACUGAACAGUCUCAAGCGGAUCCUCGGCCUGUUGAUGUCCAUCCUGUGUUGGACACCAGGCCAGUCCUCUCUGUCAUUGUUGAGGAGCCUAGCAUCCUCUCCUCGUCCACAUCCUCACUGUCAUCUGUUUGCAGCCCGCCUGCUAGUCCCAGGCGUGCAGCGUCGCAUGUAGCCACUGACAAGCAAAGUGAUUCACCCACGGCUGCCAGUAUAGCUGUCGAUAGCAGCAUGUCAGUGGCAUGUGCUGACUCGACUCUUACCAAUACUGACACCGAUUCCAGUACGUCUCUAUCUCAGCCCUACGAAGCACAGCUAGCUGCUCUGUUGGCACGCCUGCGUCAGGUGCAAGCUGAGCUGCCACCACCUAUCAGCGCUGCAUCAUUAUCCCAAAGUAGUCUUUCUCCACUGCCGGCCCAGAAAGCGGCCGACCCUACUGCAACUAGUGCCCAUAGCAAGCCUUCAUUAGGAGCCAGUGACGCCAUUCCAACUUGCACAAGCAGCCUUGGUCCGCCUGUUGCUCAAAGCACAGCCUAUUCGAGUCAGCUAAGGUCGUCCACUACAGGAGUCCUCGGGCCACCUCAAGCCCACAGCACAGCGCAGUCUAACAUGGCUAGUGGUAUGCCUGCAGGUGAUAGCAGCACUGGUAUUAAUACACCGUCGGCUAUUACAAGCAGUGCCAGUGUGGCUGUACUCCGCGGUCCUUUAAGUUCAAAUGUCAGUAUUGCCACUGGUACCCUGGCACCAGCACUCUCCCGUAGCAAAACAACAUACUCAACUGCUAUCGCACGUGCUCCAUCAACCUCGGCCAAUGCAUUGCUGAGUGGUCUCCUGUCAUCAGCUGGCAUCGAUACCAUCGCAUCUACUGUGUCUCUGGGCCCGCCAAUUGGCCAGAGCACUGCCAAUUCUGCAACCGGUAGCACUGGUAUUGCUGCAGGCCGCCUUGGUCCCCCACGGGCACAAAGCACGGCGCACAGCACACUUGGUACUCAUCUCACAAGCGACAAAGCACCGAGACUUGGUGCUAACCUCCUCUCGGAUUUGUCCACUGUUUCCACCAGUGACUUGGACAUGGCGUAUAAUAUGACGUCUUCCGCGGACAGCGCUUUGCUGCCUGCAAGCACAGCUGCCACUCCGUCUCCAGCUGGUCCACGUGUAUCUAGUGGUGUGCUGUUUGGUCAUACCGCACUACCUCCUGCCCAUACUGCAGCCAGUGCCAUGGACGGUCAUUUAGUGCCUGGUGCAGCUCCUACAUCUGCACACCAUGUCAGCUCGCCAAUUUCAUCAGCAGCAGCAGCGCCAAUACCACUAGCGCUUGUAAGGCCAUCUGCUCAUGCGGCUGGCGGAGGGAGUGGUGGCAUCCAAUCUGUGCCUAACCCGGUCACUGCUAUUCGACACGCAUCAUUGUCUGGUCGCCGUUCGCUGGACUUCAACACCAGAAGUACCAAUGCGGCCGACAUCCCCAUGCCACCGAGAAGUAGCCAUGCAACAGCAGCCUACAGUGCAGGGGCUAUCAUGACCACUGCUGGAGUUAGUAGCAGUGGUGGUGGUGGUGGUGGUGGUGGUGAUGGUGGCCUUAGCAGCUCUGCUCCUCUCUCGGUUGUAUCUAUCAGUAGCUCACUGACCUACAGUGACUACAGCAGUUCAACCGGGGAUGCAGCUACGACUGAACCAGCACAGCCAGCAGCAAGACAACCUGUUGCCAGGGCUCCAAUGGUCAAUAUUGCACUUGGCGACUUCAGUAGUGAUACGCUAGCUGACCAUCAGAUAGGCUCAGCACCCCUUGACAGUACAACAACAGCGGCAAGGAAAGAUGUAAAUGUGUCCAGUGCUCCUCGCUCGAGCCAGCUUAGCAAUGAAUCUGACGCAGCGAGCAGGCCUGGCCGUGUAACACCAUCAUUACUUGGUGUGUCUACUGGUGGUGGUGGUGCUGGUGAUGGUGGUGAUGAGGUUAGCUUUGAUUCACCGCUACGUGGAUACCCAUCCCACCAGCAGCCAUGGAACAGUAGGGUCUUUGAGCUCGUUCAGUCAACACCGGUGUCGGACUCAUCCUCGUCAUCUUCUUCAUCUGCCACCGAAAGUUUCUUGCAGGCGGUAGCACCACUGUCACCUCUGAAGGGCAAACUGGCGAGCAGUCCUGGAGCUAUCCUUGACAGUGCACUGGCUGUGGAUUCUGUAACAGCCGGUCAGCAGUCCGCAGCCCCGAAACCUCUCCCUGCCCAAGAUACAUCAUCAUCGUCCACAGAUUCCAUGGCAGAUUGUUCCAGAGGUGAUGAUGAAAGCGAGUCACUGACGACGUCCACCCCGGCAGCAGCUCAGUCGAGAAAGCCAACAGCGUUUACAGUUCCCUUGAGCAACGAUGCAGCUACAAAUCAGAAGUCUCAAGCCUACAGCGCUGUGUCUUUGCAAGCAUCCUUCCAGCAACGACGACAGGACUUCAUGAAGUCAUCAGCUGAGCGUUUGCAAGCUAUAAAGCAGCCCGCGGCAUCGAGCAAACCGCGACCGGUGCGCAAGCAGGACCUGCAUCGUUCUAGUAGCCUGGGCACAACAACUCGCAGUGGUCCCAUGGAGUCUGCAGCUGCUGACUCAGACCGACAUGUACGCUUUGCGUCGCCGCUUCAGGAGUUCUUUUCUUCUCCUCUGGGUUCCUUCUCCGACCAGCGUUCACCCGUCACUCCGGAGGAGAUGAAAGCGCGUACGCAGCGACUCUGGCAUGGUUUGGAGGAGAAUCGUGGAAAGAAAGCUGACGAGCUGAAGCGAGAGGAGGCUAAGUUACGACAGCAGCGCGUCAAGGAACUACAGAAGAAAAUCGACGCCAGUCGUUCGCGCAAGAUGGCUGGGCAGGGCAAACCAAGGAUCCAUGCCCACCCUCUGCCUCCCAAGAACCUACAGGACAUGACGGUCUCCAGCAAGCCAUGGAAAUAGUGCACGAGCGAAUGUCGUCCGAUUGUUAGUUUUAGCCCUAGCGAGCUGUAUAGCGACUUUAGCCAUUAGGAAUAGAGGCAUCCUCUUCUGCAGCCCCCGUUCUUAUAAUCACAUUCCGUGUACUCCUUGAUCCUUGAUAUUGAUUACUCUUUCCCACCAUCAGUAUCUAAAGGUUAUUUCCUUCAUAAAUGCCCGUAUGAUCCAGUAUUCUCCGGUUAUGUUCGGCAGUUAAUUUCCACAUGAAAUCCUAUGAUAUUUCCAGUACAAGAGGCCACACAGCCGUUCACCCCCUAGUCCACGUCCAUUUCAGGUUGAUCUCCCGUAGCACUGACACCGGCCGUUUAACAGCAUGACUGUAUUACAGUAGUGGCAUUAAUUAAACUCAGCUGCAUGAUGCGAGGCUGUCCAGUGUGCAGUGACACUGCCCAGACACUAGGCGUUGCUGUAUUCAAGCUCUAUUUCUCUUACUCAUCCCCAUCGGCACUCAGCUGCCAGUUCAUGUGCUCGUUUAUGUCAUGCAAAUAAUUAUUACUAGUAGUA